AUGGCAGAGCGUCUCAGAAGCAUCAGGAAACGGGCAUCUCGUCUCUUUCAUAGAGACCAUGCACCAAAUCUGUCAGAGGGAGCAAUUCCUCCAAACAAUGAGAGCACCGCGGUUGCCUCUGUGAAGCCUCGCCAUCGGAAAUCAUUGAGUCUUUUGAGCAGAAAAUCCAAGUCUGAUCAGACGGAACCACCUCCACGCGAUGACUUCCUAGCUCAUCCAGCCGUCCACCCUCUGGCUGCUGAUCCAGCUCCACGGACUCCCAGGCUGGAAAGGCCAAAUCCCGGUUUGGACUUUGCACCACCUAUCGAGAACCGAUCUCAUCGCAGCUCCAAGGCUAGCGAUGCUUCACCCAAUCUAGCAGUGCAGCAGACCGAUCGAGAGAGGAGGCUUAGUCACUCGGCAGACCCAGAAGAUCUCCAUGACCGACUAUCGCGGCUAGCAAUAACUCAAGAGACGGAUCCUCCAACUACAAAGCGUUUGCUCCAGGAUUCCGACAUGACCCAAGAAGCGCAGUACGAGCUUGUAAAUGACCAGGUUCUUGCAGCCACCAACGGCGAAGCAGGUUUCCGUCUGCAAAACACGGUCGACAUUGACCAUACAGUCCAUCCACGAACCCCAGUCGUCCACGAACAGAUCAAGCCUCAUGUUCACACCAUUUACGAGCCAAAGCGCACACGCUCCAUCCAUCACCACGAGCACAGGACAUAUAUCCAACCAAUCGCUGACCCGGAUCCCACGAUCCUGCCUGAGCAGCACUGGCUCCAAACUGAGACCGGCGAAAUGUACAGGAUCCCAGAUGAACUUGGAAGGAAGCUGAUGUAA